AUGGCAUCAUUUUUUAACAAGCCUUCUUGGGCUACAUCUGAGCUCCCAACUGGUCUUACUGAUUUCUACCGUCGCUCAUCGCACCUCUACUCAGAUAUUGUUGCAGAAGAUGAAAGAGAAAACUCUUGUUCUGACUCCCCAUCCAGCCAAAUACAGAACGACUUACAGAAUACAAACACCACCAUGUCCAAUGAUGAUGUUCCAGUCACCCAUCAUGCUCACAUUGCUGGAUCUUCCGCGAAUACCCACAUUACAACUGGCUGUCACAUAACCAGAAAUCCCAUUUACAAGUCAAGUCUAGGAGAUGCUAAAAGUGGAAUCUUACCUGUGGCUUCAAUGAAAGUUUUCUCCGGCCCAGCAUCAACUAAGAAUGAAUGGAAUGUGACAAUGUCCACAAAAGACACUUCAAUAUCGCAAAUUGUCCUUGAUAAUAGUUGUGAUGAGUCGCAGUCUGAUGAGGAAUUUCCUGAACUUGUACGAAAGGCUCGUGAAAGGGCGCGUAUGCUUCACCAAAACAAUGACACCACAACCACACCUGAUUGCCCAACAAGCUCUCAAUGGCCUGGGGUAGGAUUGAAAUAUACAAGGUCAACUUGCUUUCAUACUGUGCCUUCUGGUGCUGUUGAUGAAUACUAUUCCAAUGAUCCAGUUGUAAGAAUUCUGAUCACAUCGCCACUCAAUAAAACGCGGCCGCUGCUCAUCCAUCGGCGAUUUUCACAGAGUCUUGGGGAUGUACGGAAAGCAUGGUGUGAAAAGCAAGUAUUGGAUCCUACUGUUGCUUCAACUGUGUUUCUUACCUGGCAAGGAAAACGAUUGUUUGAUGUUACCACAUGCAAAAGUCUUGGUGUUUUGCCUUUGGCCCCCGGUUCUUCCGGCGAGGUUGGUGACUUGCGGGUGCAUAUGGAGGCAGUUACUCCAGAAGCUUUUGAAGGCCUAAGAAACAAUGUGCUCAAGGAACAGCAGUUGGAAGAUGAAGUAGACACUUCACUGAAUAUGUCAAUACCAGACCAUAUAAUCCGUGUUACCUUAAGGAGUACUUGCUGUGAAGAAUUCAGGCUCAAAGUUGCUACUGCAAGUCAAGUAUGCCUCAUUAUUCAAUUGUUUCGUGAUGCCAUGAGCAUUCCCAGUGACAAGGCUAUCAUGCUAUAUUUUGAUGGUGAAUGUCUUAAUCCAGAAGACAUGAUAAAAAACACUGAAAUUGCUGACCUGGACUGUAUUGAUGUCAUGAUCAAAUAG